AUGCCGUCCCUCAUCGAACGUUUACCGCAAGAGCUUCAGAGACUUGUCUUCUCUCACCUGGACUACCAAACCCUCAUCUACCUGUCCACCAUGAACCGAUACUUUCAUCAAACCAUAAACCCUCAGAGGAUGGCUGAUCCUGCAGACAAGGCGCAGUUCGUCAUGAGAGCAGCGAAAGACUUUGCACAGCACCGCCCUAGCGAAAAGGGGCAUGACUACAAGCCUGGCAACUUCGAGUGUUACAUCUGCUUUCGCGUGCGGUCGCCGGAGCAUUUUGACAUGCUGCAGCCCCAGUCCAUCUACGUCGAUGUCCAUGGACACGCUGUCCGUGAUCGAGAGCCAGACUCGCGGUCGGAUAGACUCGUCAUGCUUCGACGGUUCUGCAUCUCAUGCGGUGUGGAGACGGGGAUACACGCUCCCUUUGACUGUCUUACGACAAGGACGGGACGGGAUCUCUGGGUCUGCAGGUGCAGGAAAGUCUGGUCCAAGCCGGGUUGCCUGCGCUGUCCCGACUGCCACGGAGACUGCCCUCUUCGACCGAGGAGGAAGCUGGGCGUGGACCGCGUGUGA